UAAAUUAUUCCAAAUUUAGUGUAUUUUUAUAAAAUAAAUGCCAGAUCCGAUGACGCCAUCGAUAUAAAAUUCAACAAACGGUGUGAAGGUUGUUCGCCAUCGCUUACGUCUUACGUCGUCGUUGGCAGUGAACGGAACGAAGUGUCGUCGUAUAGAUCGCUCGCUGGCUGGCUGGCUGAAAAUAGUGAACCAAAGUAUGAGUUUUCGAAAUAUGUUCGAAUAAAAAGUGUGUAGUGAGUGACUGUCAUCCAGCAAGAUGGUUGAUGACGUGAAAGAUAUUACCGAAACCGCUGAAAGUAAAGCGUCGCAGGAAGCCUUAGAUCGAGCACGACUAGCCCGCGAAAGACGCGAGGCAGAACAGAGGAAACGUUUGGACGAGUUACGCGCACACGCAGCCGCUGCGCAAGCGCAGAGAGAGAAAAGAGACGAAGAAAGGCGUCGGAGACAGGCAGAGCAACGCGCUAAGGAUGAUGAGAGGCGAGUACAGGUUGAAGAACGCAAGCGCGCGAUAUGGGAGGCAUCAAUAUCGCGCCGCGAGGCGUUGCUGCAACGCGAACGCGAUCGGACGGAGCGGCUGGAGCGGCAGCGAGCUGCUCGCUCCGCUCCCCGGCCGGCCUUCGCAUUCGGCUCGUCCACACCUCGAUUGCUGGAGCCGGUAGACUCAGCUGGAUUCUUCUGGGCCGCGCGCAGGGCGGCAUCAACAACAAAUGUGAUGUUCGCGUCUGCGCCGCUCACGAGACGCGCUUCUGCGUUGCAAUUAGACACUUCAGACACUGACAAUAAAGAUGAGCCGGAGCGCAGUCCGGCGCCGGUGAUGUGGUCGUCGGUGGCGCGGCGGCGCACGGACCUGGUGCCGACGGUGCCCGCGCCGCGCGCGCCAGGUAGGGCCUACUCCAUGACGCGGCUCGACCGGCUGCCCGCCAGCCGCCCGCUGCACUCCGCCUCGCCCUCCAUGCAUCACCUCAACAGGGCUCAACCGCGGUCGGGCGACACGACCCCAGGCUCGAGGCCGGGGAGUGCACUCUCCAACGCGACCGCAGUACUGCGCCGACCUCACUCCGCGCCGAGGAAACCACGCCCCGCCUCCAUCGCAGGCACCGGUGUCAAUACGCCUAGAGGUGGUGUAGGCGAAUGUGUGGGUGGCAGCGCGGCGACGACGCCGAGCGUGUCCCGCGACGGCAGCGUGGUGGGGGGCGGGGACGCGCCGCGCCGCGCCACGCCCGCGCGCCGCCCGCGCCCCGCCUCCAUGCACGCCGCCAACAUGCAUAAGACGCCUCCGCCAGUGACGCCGGGUGAGGGCAAGCCGCCAGUACACAGAAAGCCAAAGCCAUCCAAAGAACACGAUAAGGGCGCGCGAGGCAAGUCGCUGUCAGCGUCCCCGGGCCGCACGCUGUCUCCCUCCCCCGCCCAAUCCAAGGACGCCAGCGUCGACAAGGAAAUCAGCAAGCCGGCGGUGGCGGCGGCGUCGGUGGACAAGCGGUCGGUGGACGCUCAGGAAGUGACCAGCAAGCUGGAGGCUCUACAGGUACACAACGGGGACGCACUGCCGCACGAUAAGGUAAACGAAAUCAAAGAAACAGUAGAAGUUAAGGAAGAAACGAAAAUCGAGCAAGUAACGGAGGUAACGAAACACGAAGAGAGAGCGAGCGAGAGGUCCGAACAGAAAGACAAGGAGGAAAAGAAGGAACCCUCCGUCGAAAAGACUGAAGAUAAUGAAAUGACCGCGUCGAUGACGGCGCGGCGUAUAACGACGGAGGAGGAAGCCAAGGCCGCGCUGGCAGAGCGCCGUCGCCGCGCCAGGGAGGAACUCGAGAGGCAGGCUGAACUGGAGCGACAGAGAUUGCAACGCGAAGCUGAAGAAGAAGCGGAGCGACAACGUCAGGAAGAAGAACGGCAACGUCGCGAGGAGGAGGAGGCGCGCGAACUGGCACAGCUGCAGAGGCAGAUGAACGAGGAGAAACUUAGGAAGGCUAUCGAGGCUCAACAACAGCUCGAACGUGAAGAAGCAGAGCGCAAAGCUCGCGAGGAAGCUGAGAGGCAGGCCAGGCUGAAGGAGGAAGAGGAGAAACGGAAGGCUGCGGAGGAGGCAGAGAAACUGCGCAGGGAGGAGGCUGAGAGGGAGGAGAAGGAACGACUCGCUAGGAAACAGCGCGUCGAGGCCAUCAUGGCCAGGACUCGGCUCAGGAAGCAGGCAGAAGAAGACAAGAACAAGCAGUCAGCUGCCCCAGCAGAGCCCACCGCGCCCGCGGCCCCGGCGCCCGCCGCCCCUUCAGCCCCAGCGGCCCCCGCGCCCCCCGCUGCGGGCGACGCCCCAGCCGCUGCGGACCGCGUGGCGCCCCCCGCAGCGGAUAACGGCAACGUCAGUGCCACCGCCGACCUACUCGGAUUAGACUUCGCACAGCCCCAAGAGAGUAAGUCUGUAGAAGUGGGUAGUGGGGAGCCCGCCCCCACCCCCGCCCCGGCCCCGGUAUCACACGACACCCCCAACAACGGCAACGUCACUGCCGACCUACUGGGACUGUCCGACCAACUCGCUACUGAGGACAAAACCGCAGAGCAGACGACGACAAUCAAACUCCCAACCAACGAUAACGCACCAAUAACCAAUACGCCAAUCGAGGCCAACAACGGUAACGUACAGCCGACCAACAUUGGCCACAUAUCCGCCAACUUCAUACAAACCGAACGUUUGUCCAACGAGAGCCAAAAGUUGGCCGACGUGCCCAAAAUAUUGGAGGACGAUUUCACCACGCACAACGGUCACGGGGCCACUCACAACCACCCCCUGACACUGCAGAAUGCGAUCUAAUCGUAUCUAGCUAAGGUUGUUUAUUGAAUGCAGUCGGUUUUCAUUGCGUAUAUAUUGGCUGAUAGUCGUGAGGUUGUGAUAGUGGCAUGCUAUUAUUGAUAGUGGAGGUAGGUAGGGUAUUUAUAUUGACAAUGAUUCUGUUUGGCUGCCAAGAACUUCCAAAGAAUAUUCCAACCAAGCGGUUUAAAUAUCUUUUUCAUACUCCUUGGUAGUCAAAUGAUACACGGAUAAGACUAGAGGGCAGCACAAGCUUGGCCCGUUUGUUGAAACAAUAUGUGUGUCUCGGUGCUUUGAAUUUUGUUCACACAUUAUUACUAUCUCUCAAAAACUAUUCUCAAAAAUUGUUUUUUGUUAUUCAUCGUUGGUGCUAGUUAACGUUUUUAGAUAGAAAUGUAAUAGUAACAAAUUAUUGAACUAGACAAAGUGACCGAUUUAGACUAGACGCUAGCUGAAAUAGUCCAUCUGCCUUAGCAUUUAUAAAUACGGAUAAAUAUUUUGUAUGAAAUCCCGAAUGUUCCAUAGAACUUUAAAUAUUACAACUAAAUAAACGUUUAAAUCGAUUAAAAAAACUUAAAAUUACAUGCAAAGACUCCGCUCGAGUUCGAAACUAGUCGGGCUAUCUUGAAACUUGAUUUUCCAUGAGGGUAACAGUUUUACCCUACGGUAACUAGGGUAAAAAACUAGAAGAAUGGGCGAUCUCUUCAAGCCAAUAUGUAUGCGUGAAAACGAGGUUUGUAUUUCUGUCACUCUACCAAUAACUAUAACACUAUAAACUAAAUAUUUACUAGAACUAUUUAUUUCUACUUAUAUUCAAAUAAAAAUGCUUUCUCCUAACUAUAUUCAAGUCUUUAUUACUUAAACACAACUUGGUUUCAGAACUUAUGCCCGGCUUCCGAAAGCCCGAUCAAUGUUAAAAUCAACUAACUAGGUGUCAAAUCUCUUGUCAAGUCAUCUGAUUGGUUGUUGAUAAUUCAGUCAACCAAUCAGAUGACUUGACAAGAGAUUAAAUUGAUUUUAACAUUGAUAGGCCUUUGAAACCGGGUUUUAAUUAGGCAAUAUGGUCGCCUGACAGUUCACAUAAGACUGACGUGACUUUAUACGAUAGUGGCUCCAUCUACGGUCGCAAAAAUGUGUGAUUGUGCGAAUUUUAAGUUAAUUCGCGGUCCGUUUAAUCUUAUGUAAUGAAUCCGUCACAUUUUAACGUAGCAUUGUAAUGUAUAAACCAGUUUUUUGUCCAGUGUUAGAUAGUAAAUAUAUAUUGAAAAUAAAAACUAUAACCUUUUUUUACCUGUACAAUGUUCUGUCUCCGCAAUAAGCUAUAGAAAUGAGCAAGACAGAACACAUUAUAAAGUUUGAAAAUUCAAGUUGUGUUUUAGUAAAAAAAAAGUAGCCUAUUUAUUUCACAGAGUGACAGAUGUAGACGAAGGCACUAAAUUAUUAUAAUAAUAAUAAUAUAUCAUAAAUUAAUGCAUUUAUUAUAAGUUAUCGCGGUAAACACUUGGUUUUACUUAUUAAACUGACAACAACAAUAUAAGCUUAUCAUGUACAUACGAUCAAUUUUGAAAGUAGUAUAGGCGAGGCAUCUAUCCAUGAUAUAUUUCAAAACACACAUAUUUUACCUAGAUUUAUUACAAUAGGAAUGAAAUUCUGACUUCUAUUCAAUGAAAUAAGGUCUAAAAUUAAACCGAACGUGAAACUAGUAUUACUGAUGGAUGGAAUAAACUUUUAAAAUCAUCAAUUUUUGAUGUUUUCGCUUCUACUGCUUUUCAAAACUCUGGUUGGCUAAUAGUUUUACUCGAAAAACUAAGAAAUAUGUUUACAUCAUUCAUUUACGAGUAAUUAGUAAAUUUCGUUAAUUAAUUUUCAAUCUUAUACUUUUGUAUUAAUGUUGAAAAUGUUUUAAUGAAAUUUUCAAUUUAUCGACCGAUUAUUAAUGUCCAGAUUUCUGGACCAAAGAUUUUUCCUAAAUUAAAAACCAAUACGCAUUGUUCAUAAUUUUAAAAUUUGUAGUCGAUUCGAUCGCAAUAAAAUAAUUUAGACAACCAAUAUUUAGUGGUAAGAUUAAAUAUUCAAAACAAUGUGUGAUUUUAUUAAUUGAAAUAUUAUAAUGCCAGGCCGCUAGAUUUUGUUUUCUGUUACUUUAAUUUUCACACUUAAACCACUCUUAAUAAGACACAUAUUUGCAAAUGUGUCUUAAUUGCCGAGCGGUUCAAGUAGAAUCGUAAAAUACAAAAUAUAUUUUGUAAUACAGAACAAGCAUAAUAUUUAUUCAAUGCUAAAUGUUAGUAAGUAAAAAAGUAUAUUUAAAAAAACUACGACCUUUUUAGACGGAUUUGUUUUUUUUUUUCAUAGACGUUCUUUAUUCGAAAUUCCGUCUCGUCAUUAGUGUUGUGUGAUACGUUCUAAAUAAGUUCUAUUUUUUAUUUAUAAUAUAGUUUUUAAUUCGCUUACUAGUAGUAAUUGUGAAAUUAGAAAAGCGCUGGCAAUUAAUGAAGGAAAUGUCGGAAGAAUGAAUUGGUAGAAAAAGAAUAAUAAUCAUUAACAAGAAAACAAUGAAUUCGAGCAUUUAACAGGAGUUUACGUAAUUAAUUUUUAUUAAAAGACAAGUGAUUGAGCCAAAUUAGCUCUACGAAAUAUGUAACUAGACAUCAAUUGUUACACUAUCAAUCAACGAUAGUCUAGAUUCUCAUUACAAAGAACGAACCAGUACCAUGCAUGGUUGGUAAAAAAUAAACACUAGAUAAAACCAAGGCAUGUUCAAAAUAAAAUGCCGUAUUUGCGAGACCAACUGCAAAAUACAACAAACUUAAAGUUUGUUAAUCAACAUUUUCCAUAUUCAAUAAUAUAAUAAAAGAAAUAUUUACCUAAGUAAAGUGUAUAGUUUCCUGUGUUUUAAAUAUGAAUCAAGUAUCAAAAACAAAGCUUAAUAAUACACGCACACGCAUUGUUGAAUAUGGAGAAAUAAAAGUUGAAACUUAACUCCGGAACUAUAGUUUGUUUUCUAAAUAAACAAUAUAAUGUAACAGUAUAUAUUAUAUUUGGAGUCGAUGAAGUUAUGCUUAAUAAAGUUACGAUAAUGUAAUUUAAGUUAUUUAACAAGUUAUAUUAUACAAAUUUUUGUAUCAUAAGUAGAUAGCAUUCAAUGUUAUUCGGCUUUUUAAAUGAUGUUAAAGAAAUGUCUAGUUAUUUGAUGUCGUUUCGGUUGAUAAACGAGGUUACAAUGGGUUGCGUUAUUAUUACUUUCUUCAACUGAACUAAGUAUCUAACAGUUUAAUAGUUAUUGUAUAAAUUAAUUAUUACGUCAAAUGUUUCAGUUAUGUUUUCAUAUAAAAGUGUUGCUGACUAUGUGUUAAGAUUUUUAAACUUAGCGUUUCAAUUCUUUUUUUAUGAGUUUUCUAUGGAAAUGUAACUAGGACUGUCUGACCCGGGAGUUGACUCCCCCUAACUGUAUAUUAUUCCAUAAUAUUUUCUUUCACAUAAUAAUAAUAGUAGUUUUUUCCAAUUCGACCUCUGUUCUGUGUUGAAUACAUUGUUAUGUGUUUAGCGAAAAUAAUUAGUUAUUGAAAUGUGAAAGGGUUUAUCUUGUUUUAGGGUGUAAGUCGCACUACUAUUACCCUUCCCUGAUUAAAUACAAUAAUGUCGUUUGUGUAUGCAAGAUAUAUAUCCCAAUGUGUUCAACACACUUCAGUGGUACAUUGACAGCAACUGUCACACAACUGUCAGCUUGACACAUGUUUGACAGCUGUCGUGAAUGUCAAAUUUAACAAAUCUAUCAUACGAUUUUUGCUUGUAGGUAAUAUUUGUACGAUUUGUGUUUUAUUUUGCUUAUACAACCACUUUUAAUCGUUCAAAUUAUAUAAAAAGAAUCAUGUAGAUGUCUCACGGCCUUAUAAUUAUUAUACAAAUGAGUUGAACAGAAUGUCUCGUCCGCUAGACUUCUUGUGCUGUAUUCUUCUGAAAUUAGUUGCAUCUAUUUCCAGAUAAACUUAGUACAUUCGAAUGUAUCUUACGGCGGGCAAACUGUUCUGGGAUGUACUUGAAAAACAUUGAUAUUUCGUAUUUAAUAAUUUGACAGUAACGAAGACAUUCGUAGAUAUAAUCUUGCCAACUUGUUAUCAAUGAAAUUGGAACUCGAGAUAAAUUUCAACUGUCAUAUUGUUCGGUAUGGAUGUUGAACAAUGUUUGUUCAAGUAUAUCAAAUGUAUAAUUUGUAAUAUUUUAUUAAAUUAACCAGUGUGACAGGUCGCCCUCGAUGCCAAGUCGACCCUCAUGUUCCAUACAUAGUCUGAAUGUUAUAAUUAUAAGUUUAAAUGAGUUGACGAACGCCACAUGUUGCGUAUAAAAUACAUACUAUAGGUACAGUGAACGCGACAAGAAUACCAAAAUAAGCUAGUCGAAAAAAUAUUAUGUAAUUAUUGAAGAGAUGUGCUAUUAAAUUAUUUUCAAAUUCAAACUAAAUUUUUCGUUUUUAAGUUAUGUAAUAGUAGCAUUAGUGAAACAAGUAUGGCGGCCUGUCACACUGCACUCGCGCAUGUAUGUGUGUGUGCGUGUGUUUGUUGUAAGUGUGUGUGUAAGAAAGAGGUCCUCAUCGGUACGGUAAGUCGUUGAUGGCGAUGUGUUUGUUAUCAUACAUAGGUGGGCAAGGCUUUGUGCGUUAUGUAACUACUGUAUUACGUUUAUAAACAUCAUGGAUUUAUUAAAUGAAACAAUUUUAAUACGAAAAAUAAAUACAAAGAAGUUAUUUUGUGUUUUUAUUGACUUUUUUUCCCUGGG